UGUGUUUUCUUGCAGGUUGCCUGUUGCUGCGGCACUGCAGCCUGUGCACUAUGCUGCACUUGCUGCCCAGGGAUCAAACAGUCUACAAGCACUCGCAUCAUGUACGCCAUCUUCUUCUUCCUUAUUACUGUGCUCUGUGCUGUGAUGAUGUCGCCAACCGUGGCUAAAUUACUGGAAAAUCACAUUCCAUUUUAUGGAGAUAUCUGUGAGCAGCUGAAGGCCGGGGAUAAUUGUGAGAAGCUAGUUGGAUAUUCGGCUGUGUACAGAGUGUGUUUCGGGAUGGCUUGUUUCUUCUUUAUACUCUUUAUCGUGAGUAUAAACAUCAAAAACAGCAGAGGCUGUCGAGCUGCCGUCCACAAUGGAUUCUGGUUUGUCAAGUUUCUGAUUCUUGUAGCAAUGUGUUCUGGAGCCUUCUUCCUACCUGAUCAAGAUACAUUCCUUCUAGUGUGGCGCUAUAUUGGUGCAAUAUUUGCCGUUUUCUUCUUGGUUAUCCAACUCACGUUACUUGUGGAAUUUGCUCAUAAAUGGAAUAACAAUUGGCACUCAGGAACGGCACAUAAUAAACUUUGGUAUGGGGCAUUGGCGCUGGGCAUUCUGUUACUGUACACCAUUGCUGUGGGAGCCCUUGGCCUACUGUCAUGGUUCUACACCCAUCCUGAGCAUUGUCUCCUCAACAAAAUCCUGCUGGGCGUCAAUGGUGGCCUUUGCUUACUUUUGACACUUGUGUCCAUAUCACCAUGUGUACUUAAACAAAACCCACAGUCUGGAUUGCUGCAGUCAGGUAUGAUCAGCUGCUAUGUGAUGUACCUGACCUUCUCUUCUUUGUCCAACAAGCCGCCAGAGACAAUUCUGGAUGAGUCUGGGAAGAACAUAACAAUCUGUGUGCCCCACUUUGGUACUGGUAUAAACCAAGAUGAGCGGCUAGUCUCAGUGCUGGGUGCUGUCAUCAUGCUUGGCUGCAUUUUGUAUUCCUGUCUUACCUCAACCACACGUUCAAGUUGGGAUGCUUUGAGGGGAAGAUACGCCCCACCAGGGGAAGAGGUUGCACGUUGCUGCUUUUGCUUCGGCUCCAGCAGAGAUGGCCAUGAAGGCCGAGUAGAAGUUCGAGGAGGACAAAAAGUGGCCUAUGAUGAAGAAGAGAAAGACUUUGUACAACUAUGCCCGCUUCCACUUCAUCUUUUUCCUAGGCACAUUCUAUAUGAUGAUGACGAUCACCAACUGGUUUCAUUACAACCACGCUGAUAUAGAAAAGCUGUUUACCGGCAGCUGGUCCCCCUUCUGGGUUAAGAUGGGAUCCUGCUGGUUGUGCAUUGUGCUCUACCUCGGCUCUCUGAUGCUUCCCAUUUGCUGCAACAGCGGAGGAUAUGUGGUUUAG